UAAAGCGUAGAGUGGAGCGUGCCCACCAUGUCCUAAUUGCGUCCCCUACAACUACUGCUCCAACCUCAAUAAUUCACACGCGGUGGAGGCGUUUUCCGGCGGCCAAUGACUGCUUGUGGUUCAUCGACCGGGCGCCAGCCCACCUGGAAGGAGAGGGAGAACAACAAGCGAAGAGAGCGCCGGAGGAGAGCCGUCGCCGCCAAGAUCUACACCGGUCUCCGAGCUCAGGGCAAUUACAGGCUCCCCAAGCACUGCGACAACAAUGAAGUGCUCAAGGCUCUCUGCCGUGAAGCUGGCUGGGUUGUCGAGGAGGAUGGAACCACUUAUCGUAAGGGAUGUAAGCCACCACAAGGUGAUACUGUGAUGAUUUCUGCGAAUAACAGUGUAUGCUCAUCAAUGCAACCAAGCCCGAAUUCUUCAGCAUUCCCCAGUCCUAUACCUUCUUAUCAAGCAAGCCCGACAUCUUCAUCCUUUCCAAGUCCCUCACGUGAUGGAAACCCGACCUCCUACAUUUUACCUUUCCUUCACAACUUUUCAAUCCCCUCCGCCCUUCCUCCUCUACGUAUAUCCAAUAGUGCUCCUGUUACGCCGCCUCUCUCUUCUCCUACUAGAAACUCAAAGCUUAAGCUUAAUUGGGAAUCUAUACCCAAAGGUCCCCUCAAUUCUUUUGUCCCCUCUAUUUUUGCUGCCUCUGCCCCCUCCAGUCCUACUCGUCGUAGGCGUUUUACACCUGCCCCAAUUCCAGAAUGCGAUGAGUCUGAUAUCUCUGUAGCUGAUUCUGCACGCUGGGUAAGCUUCCAGACGGGUUCAUCCGCAGUUACUCCCGCAUCACCAACUUAUAAUCUUGUGAAACCUGUGGCUCAGCAAACUUGCCUCCAUGAGGGUCAAAUUGGGUGGGGAGCAGUGGCAAAGAGGGCACGAGGCUCUGAUUUUGAGUUUGCAAAUGGCGCAGUGAAGGCGUGGGAAGGUGAAAUGAUUCAUGAAGUAGGAAUGGAUGAUUUGGAGCUAACACUUGGGAGUGGAAAAGCGCAGGCUUAAUCUCCCACUGCUCCUAAACAGAUAAGCUACAUGAAAGAAACAAUGUGUCUUCUUGCUUAACUAUCAUAGCCAGAGAUAUGACAUGGUUCUUGGAUAUCUGAAAUCUUUUCGCCUCAACUGCUAAUAUCGUCUCAGCCAAUGAUAGAAAGAGGAUUCUGGAAGCUCAGUUUAUGGUGCUGGGGUAAGAGGAAAUUUGUUUUAGACAUCCACGGCACACACGCAGAAAAUGGAAGAUUGGAAAUGUGGUAUACUCAUCAAUCAGGUAGAGUGCCUGCCUCUGUACAAAGAAACAUGAGUUUGAAAAAGUUAUUUAUUUUGAUUGCUCAAUGAUGGGCUUUCUGCUAAUCAUGAGCAUCUACGUCAUGGGGCUCGAGUUGAAGGCAGAAGACACAUUAGAAAGUUUUUAAUAGUUCUACAUUCUUGAAUUUGUGCAGCUCAUUGCAUUGCUUCUACAUUCACAUGUGUAAUAUUUCUAGUGUAGUUAUGCAGACAACCAGUAGAUGCUAGGUAGUGUGUUAUCUACCAUCUGUCCAUCUCUCAUCUCUGUGUUUGGUUCUAAUGUCACACACUCACUGCUUUAAAACCUCUGUAAUUGUUGUCUUUAUUUAAUUCAGGUAUAAAAAGUACUAGUAUUUCACUAAA